AUGUGGUAUGAACUUAUAAAUGAAUUCGACAUUGCAGCUUCAGCCGACGAUGUUUGGGCUGUCUACAGCUCUCCUGAUCUACCUAAACUCAUAGUAGAAUUACUUCGAGGUGUUUUUGAAAAUAUCGAAGUCGUGGAAGGUAACGGUGGUCUUGUCUAUCCUAAUGGAUCUGUGCCACUAUCAUACAAGGAGACGUUCGUAACUAUGGAUAAUCAGAAACGACUAAAAGAGGUACGACAGAUCGAGGGAGGAUAUUUGGAAAUGAGGUGUACAUUCUACAUGGAUAGUUUCCAGAUUCUAAAGAAAACCUAUGAUUCAUGCACCAUAAGAUCGAUUACCAAAUACGAAGUUAGUGCUGAGCUCGCUGAAAAAGUUUCCUCUCAUGUUAUUAGUGUCGAGUCCCUAAUUAUUUUGGCUCGUGCUAUCUCAAAAUACGUUAUCCGAAACAACGAGAAAAGGGCAGGUCCUUCAACUUUUUUUGAAGGCCGUGAUGAGAGCCCCAAAAAACAUGUUCAUUUGCGCAGGAUUUGGCUUUGUUUGUCUGAUUGGGUAGGAUGUGUGGAAGACAACAAUAGGACAUCAGGAUGA